AAGCAGCACAGUGCAGCGCAUUCAACCUGCAGACCGACUGUAAACGUGGAAACUUCCUGUGGUGUGAUUGGUCGAAAUUAUUAUCUCUUUACUGUCUUCAACCUGCAUCAUCAACGCCAUGAUGUGUCUCCUGCUGCUUCUUUGUGCCUUGUUGCCUUUGAGUCAACCUGCUGUGCUUCCAGUUGCUGUGGAUGGGGCUGAGAGCCAUGAGGCUCUUCCAGAAGACACCAGAGAAAAUCCUGAGACUGAGGACAUUUUUGCAGAAGAUCAUUUGACUCUUCAUGAAGAGGAACCUGGAAACUGGACAGAUGCAGAAGAACCAACCUUUGAACCUGUGGAUGAGGAAGCUUACCUGAAGGCUCUGAAUGGAACAGUCCAACGUUCAGGAUCCUGUUCUUCUGGCUGGACCCGGGUCAAAGGUCGCUGCUACCACGUCUUUCCAUUCGCUGCCACUUGGCACAGAGCUCAGUCGAACUGCAGGUCCAUACUUGCACACCUUGCAUCAGUCCAUGACUACGAGGUGAAUAAUCAGCUUGUGAGGAUGAUAAUAGCUGCAGGCCGGGGGCGAUCUGCAGUCUGGAUUGGAGGCAAUGACAUACAAUGGGAUGGCCGCUGGCGCUGGGUGGACGGAAGCCCUUUUCGCUAUAGAAACUGGUGUCGAUUCGAACCCAACAACUUCUUUGAUCAGGACUGUUUGCAGAUGAACUUCAGUCGGCACAGAUGCUGGGACGAUGAGCAGUGUUACUUUCAAAGACCAUUUAUCUGUGUCAGAAACUUCUGAUGGCUAUUUGAUUAGAAAUGAUGCACUUUGUGUC